AUACAGAUAGCAAUACUUGUUCUCUAACAAAAACAUUAAUUCCACGAACGAACACGCAUAUACAACCAAUGCUGAGGACACUCUCAUACUAUUAUUAUUUUACAGACCAAGCGUUUUCUAUCGCUCCCAACAGAAGACAUUUCUCUUCCAAUCUGUUCUGCAGUCAAUCACACAUCAUUUUCCCUGUUAUGUUGCUGCACACAAGCUAGGUCAGCGAAGCGAUCAGUGGCAAGCUAAAGAAAAAAAAAAUAGUUGGCAACAUAUUGGCAAUGAAUGCUCGGUUCAGAUGGCCCUUUCAGCAAAAACAUCAAAACUAGGACGCCUAGUGCACAGCCGUGAACAUGCUGUGAUAGAAUCAGGUCAUGAUCUCACAGUACUACACAAACAUUGCACGCACACACGUGAGUAUGCACGCACUCUGUAGCCGCCCACACCAGCCACCCGUGCCCACACGCCACAGCUUAGCGCACGUUCGCUCACGCACUACCAUGAUGACACCCAGUCGAACUAUUGACAUGCUUCGCUGCACGAACGUCUGCAGGAGACGUAAGUCACGUGACCUCAUUCCUCAACACGCGUUUGUUUGCCUCCGUCUUCGUUUCCUCCAUGUGUACAUAUAAGGAGGGGCAUAUACCUGGUUGCACUCUGCGCCCUAGAUAAAGGCAACGAUUCGAAUAUUUGUUAGUCUGAAGUUACCGGACACUGUCAUACCUCAUAGACUUUUUUUUUCUGGGCGGCGCUGUAGACAUCCGUCAAAAGGAGCGUUGAAGCGAAAAUUACCCUCCACCCCAACCAAACAAAACAAACAAACAGGAAGAAGAAGAAAAACACGCCCAAAGCAGACACAGAUCAUCCAGGGUUUCUGGCACUAAGCAGAACACCUGUCAUGUCACCUGUGAUCGGUUCAUAGUCGGUGGGACCAGCGUUCGAUUCUCCCCUGAGCACACCCACCACUCUCUCGACAGCUUGGUUUGCUGGAUUGGCUUUGUAUCGAAAGCAAGGUGCGCGGGCGUUUGAGGGGUUAGGGAGGGGAGAAUCCAUCCCGCACAUCUUUGUGCACGAACAAUUAGCAUCACGAGUGAGAGAAUACAAGACUUGCCACCGAGGCCAUAGCCAGCGGAGACGCGUGGAUCGUUGGGAUAGAUCGUGGAAAGACACUACUCCUGCAGCUCUUAACAUAAUUGGAGUUUCAAGCUUUCAUCAGAACUUGAGGUCUGUGGGAGGAAUCGAGCGACUUCGUUGUUGUCGGCACUUCUCUUCCAGCUUGUUCAGCUUCGUGCAGUAGUUGCUGGGUCAUCAUUUUUCUUCGCCCAUCCUCUCUAAUCUGUGAAGCUCGACGGUAAUCCAAUUCUGCUCACGCAAUUCUACUCAACCUUUCGUCCCGCUUCCCUCCUCCUACCAUCCAAAGGUCCUCGGGUUCUUCAUUUUAACCGUAUCUGUGUGCGAGGCCGCUUCCCCACCUUCGUCCACCUCUCAGUUCUUCACCAGAUCUGCAUAUCGCGACACUGCAGUGAAAAGUUUUCUGCCUAGAUGAAAGUUGAAUCGAAACGCGAACUUUGUCCAGGAUUUGGGUGUGACCGUGACCGGCAGUCAGGCUUUAUACCAGAAAGACGUAUCAACUUCAUACAAACGUUGUGGGGCAGAUCACAGUCAGAAGUGGUGCUGUCCUUCUACAAGUGCAGGAGAGUAGACACUGCAACAGAGUCUGACCGCUGCUCGGUGAAGCAAUAGACAAAAUAUAACACCUUUAUUCCUGCUGCCUCAAUGAUAUUCUCCAACAAUGCAGUCUCUGGUUGGAGGGUUGAAGACUGCUUCAUUUUUUCUGCGUCAUCAUGCCAGAAGCGACAUGAGAUACAUCUUGGCGUAUGGCUUCUUUGAAACAGCACCAUGUAAUAAGCUUUUGAAUGUUACAUUCAGUACAACACCCAUAUGUAACAACCAGCGUAUAUAUGAAACUAUACGAAGUAGUGGACUUCAACGUGGUAAAAAGAAAAAGGCAUCCCUUGUCAUCUUUGACAAAGAUGGGACUCUUAUCUGUUUCCACACCAUGUGGGCACCUUGGGCGCAAAAUCUUAUUUCAAACAUUGUCAAGGCAACGAAAACUUGACAUUAGUCAACAGCUGUCAGACACGUUGGGCUUUUGUGCAAAAUCCCAGCGUGUGUUCCCAGGUCUUCUGGCAGAGGCCACUGCACCCAUGGUUAAGAAGGAACUGAUACAGACUUUAGUCAAGCAGGGAAUUGAAAAGGAGAAAGCCACUCAAAUCAUUGAAAAACAUUGGCUUGAAGGAGAUGUUGGCAGUCCUGAGACAGUAAAGUCUGUUGGGGAUUUGAAGAUUUUGUUUCAAAUUCUGAAGGAGAAUGGUGUCAAAAUUGCAAUCUGCACUGCAGACAAUCGUAGAGGAACACUCAAUACUUUGAGAAACCUGGAUCUUACAAAAUACAUUGACAUGAUUGUAUGUGGUGAUGACCCAGACACUGAGCCCAAGCCAUCACCUUACAAUGCAUUGAAGAUAUGUAGAGAGCUGGGUGUCAGUCCGGACCAGGCAGCCAUGGUAGGGGACACAAAGGCAGAUGUGGGAAUGGGACAUGCAGCAAAACUUGGCUGGACUGUGGGCGUUCUCACUGGAGUGUGUGCAACAAAUGACUUGCUGCCUGAAGCAGGACACAUCAUCAGCGGCGUCAAUGACCUCUUGCCCCUUAUUCUUCCAGAGGAUAUGCGCAACUAUUAUGCCUAUUCCACAGAUGAGCGUAUCCUUAAGGACAGGUGGGAAAAUGCAACUUUGAGUUCUGGUUCCAGUGGAGAGAGUGGAAUUGAGGAGAGUGUCAAGAUGCAGAGCACAGAACUUGUUAUUGUUGAUCUGCAUGGGACUCUUAUAUGUCUUAACUCCAAGUACUCCAAGUGGCUGGCUCAUCUUUCAAACAGAGUGGAGAAGAUCACAGAUAUGAAACUUGCUGACAAAAUCUAUGCAGCUUUGGGUGCAUGUAAACAGACUGACACCAUCCAGAUGGGACUUCUAGCCAGUGCCUCUGAUGAACGUCUGAAGUUGGAAGUGUUCCAGGUUUUACGUGAUGCAGGCUUUCCUUAUGAGGAGGCACUUCUGGUUUCUCGUCAGGCUUGGCAUGAGAGUGAAGACAUUCUGGCCAAGACCACUCCAGUCCUUGUGGAUCCUGAUACUGACAAGAUGAUGCAUCGGCUGAAGAAAGCAGGUAUCAAGAUUGCCAUAUGCACUACAGCCAGACGGCAAACUUCUGUGAUAGAUCUUCAGAAGCUGGGCCUUCUCCACUAUAUAGACAUGUUGGUAUGUGGUGACGACCUUCCCAAGAUGACAGAGCAAAAGUCAGCCUAUGUUACGCAGCUUAUCUGCCAGGAGCUGAAUGUGCGCCCAGAGAAGACCAUGGUGAUAGGAGACACCAUGGCAGAUAUCAACAUGGGACUGAGUGGGGAAGCAGGCAUCACUGUGGGUGUACUCACAGGAGUUGGCUCAUACAAAGAGCUUGUGCAGGCCGACCACAUUGUUCCCAGGGUCAGCAGCAUUCUGGGGCUGAUUUUUAAGGGAAAGAACAAUAGUCCUGGAGGUGAGAAAAAUGGCACAUCAGAUGCUUUCUCAGGUGCUGGGAAUAUCAACAAUAACCAUCAGAAUGGGGCUUCAGUGCCUAAGGGUGAUGCCUUGUUUGCCCAGCCCAAGAAAUCAUUCAGCACCAUGCCAAACUUAAAGAUUGCCAAAGAUAUUGCCACAUUUGACUACAUCAUUGUAGGAGCAGGGUCAGCAGGUUGUGUGCUGGCAAACAGGCUGUCACAUCAUCCAGAUCAAAAGGUUCUUCUGGUAGAGGCAGGCCCUGAAGACAACACAUGGAAGAUCCACAUGCCUGCUGCCCUGAUGUACAAUCUCUGUGAUGAUCGGUACAAUUGGUAUUACCAUACGCAGCCAGAACCAUACAUGAACAACAGGGUCAUGUACUGGCCAAGAGGCCGUGUAUGGGGAGGCAGCUCCUCCCUAAAUGCCAUGGUAUACAUACGAGGCCAUGCCUUCGAUUAUGACCGCUGGGAGAAGGAAGGAGCCAGUAACUGGUCGUAUGCAGACUGCUUGCCAUACUUCCGCAAGUCACAGACCCAUGAGCUUGGGGCAGAUGAAUACAGAGGAGACUCUGGGCCACUACAUGUUACCCGAGGCAAGUCCAACCACCCUUUGCAUCAUGCAUUCAUAGAAGCUGGCAUCCAGGCAGGUUACCCUUUCACAGACGACAUGAAUGGCCACCAGCAAGAAGGCUUUGGAUGGAUGGACAUGACCAUCUCUGAAGGUAAGCGUUGGAGUGCUGCUGCUGCUUAUCUGCGUCCCAUUCUUUAUCGCCCCAAUCUCAGUGUUGUCAGCAAAGCCCUCACAACACAUGUCCUGUUUGAUGGAAAGCGUGCCAUAGGAGUUGAGUACCUCCAGGGUAGGCAGACAAAGCAAGUCUAUGCUGACAAGGAAGUGAUUUUAAGUGGAGGAGCCAUCAAUUCUCCACAGAUCCUUAUGCUUUCUGGUGUGGGGAAUGCCAGACACUUGCGGGAACUGGGCAUUCCUGUAAUAGCAGAUCUGCCAGGUGUAGGGGAGAACCUGCAGGACCACCUGGAGGUUUAUGUACAGCAGGCUUGUACUAAACCUAUCACACUUUAUUCAGCGCAGUGGAAAUUUCCCCACAACAUGAUUCGCAUUGGCCUGGAGUGGUUCUUUAACCGCACAGGUAUGGAGCAACAGGCUCAUCUGGAGAGUGGAGGCUUUAUUCGAAGUCGUCCAGGUGUGCUGCAUCCAGACCUCCAGUACCACUUCCUGCCAUCCACAGUUAAUGAUCAUGGCCGUAAGAUAGGGCCUUGUCAUGCAUACCAGGUGCAUGUUGGUCCAAUGCGCCCCACAAGUCGUGGGUUUUUGCGUAUCAAGUCUCGCAACCCUAUGGAACAUCCCAUUAUUGUUGCCAACUACUUAUCCACAGAGCAGGAUUUAAGAGAAAUGCGUGGCAUCAAGCUUACUCGAGAAAUUUUUGCCCAGAGGGCUUUUGACCCCUACCGAGGCAUCGAGAUAGCACCAGGAUCAACAGUUACGUCAGAUAAAGACAUUGAGGACUUCCUCAGAAAUAUGGCAGACAGCGCUUACCAUCCUUCUUGCACCUGCAAAAUGGGAUCGCCUGGCGACCCUAUGGCUGUUGUUGACCCAGAGACUCGUGUCAUUGGAUUGGAAGGUUUGCGGGUGGUGGAUGCCUCAAUCAUGCCAAGUAUCAUCAGUGGUAAUCUUAAUGGGCCAACCAUCAUGCUGGCUGAGAAAGCUGCUGACAUUAUUCUGGGCAAAUCUCUUCCCAAGUCUGAUGCAUCAGUCUGGCAGCCCAAGACUCUUGACACACAGAGAUAAUGUAAUGAAUUAAAUGCCUCACAAUACUGAUGAGGUACCUGCAGCUAAAUGGAAAAGAAAAAUAACAGAAACAAAUCUUUAAUGUGGCUAAUAUAUAACUGUUCUGGAUGAGUGUUAUUUUUUUCCAAGUGCUUUGAUUUGGAGAUUUGGGUAUGAACAUCAGGAAAUAUGAAUGUGGUCAAUGAAGCAACAUCAAACAGGGUUGCAGGACUAAACAUGGUGCAGGUCAUAAAAUAUUUGCUUGUAGCCAUUUUCAUCUCUGACCUCAAGGUAAAAGAUGAAAGAGUUAUUUUGAAGUUCUUAUCACUUGUAGUGUGUGAAUAUUUAGAGAUCAGCAAAGAUCUGAAGUGAUUUUUUGUGUUUGUGGUGAAGAGAAAGUGUGUGAAUGAGAGAGAUGAGAUAAAAUGUUCCUGUGAUGCAAAACAUUUGAUCAGAAAGUUAACUGCAGUUUUUUUGUGACGAUUACAGCUAAAAAUCACUUUUAUGUCACUGCUAAAAGUCAAAAAUCAUCUUUUUUACCUCUAAUAAGCAUAUCUUUACUCCUUGCAUGCCACAGAAGUGGCUUAAUAGAUGUAAGGUGCAAAUGUUCUGAUAAUGCUGCAUAUCAAAAACACCUCAGGUGCUUGUACACUUAUAUAAAAACACUUUUAUGUGUAUAUAUAUAAUAAUGUUAUUUUGAUUAUAAAGCCUAUUUGCCUCUUUUUUUUUUUUGAAAGGGAGACAUCAGGUAUUUGAACAGUCUUGUUUACCGUUGCUAUUUUUAAUCAAGGUGGAAGUUUAAAGAGGCUACACUGUCUUAGUCAUCUUAUUAUAGGCUAUUGUUUUUUUUGAUGCAAGUGAAAGUCACAGUUACUUGAUGCCAUAUUUUAAAGGGCAGUCAAAAUACAGUUUAUUAAACUCUUUUUUUUCUACUGCUUAGAGACAUUUAUUUAUAUUUUUUCUUUAUUGUUAUUAUUUUAGUUUUGAUUGUAACAUAGCAAAUAUUUUCUGGUGUAGGUUUUACAUUUUUUAUUUACUUUCUGUGAUAUGCUACUUUUUUCCUGAAAAUUGUAAAGUGACUAGAAAAAGACAUUGCUUUGCACUUUUACAUGGUACCACGAAGAACAUGAUCUUUCACACUGCACAUUUAAAGAACUGUAUGGCAGUUCACACAGAGAUGUAUAAUAUUCAGUCUUAAAAUCUAUUUGACCUGUAGAUAAUUACCUGUAGAUCGGUAACAUUUUUAACACUGAUCAUGAUGUAGAGUCUGGGUUGUAAUGUACAUUGGAAGUAAAGAGGUCAACACAAUGAAUAGUCCUCUCUCUCUCUUCUGUCAGGAAAAGCACUCACUUUCCGUUUGUAAAAGACCUUGGUCAGGUCAUACACACUCACACACUGUGUUAGUUCAGUUACCCUGGAUUAAGAUAAAAAAAAAAAAAAAACUCCAGAGAAGAGAAAAAUCUGUCUCCAUCAGCUGGACAAUAAUAAAUUCAAACACUUGAUCCAACUAGAAUUUAAGGAAGAGUGUGAGAUAUCACAUAAAAAGUAUGCAUUUUACAUGUCGUUGCAUUUCAUUUCCAUUGUGUCUUCUAUCUUCUAACCUACAAUAAGCUACAAGGUCAACAGAGAAUGCGUAACAUUUCUUAUUCUGCAAGGUCUGUUGCUCUUCCUUGGGUCUUUCAGUGAUUUAAGUGUAUAAUUUAUUUUCACAUUGAAUUACACAGAUCAAAUUCUAAGCACUGUUUUGGCUGUAAAAUCAGCAAUAGUAACUUUGCAUUAAUUUUAUGCAUAAGUGUUUGCAAAUUCAUGUGUGUGUACAAUUUUAGAGUGAGAGAUCAGACAGUCCAUAUAAACUAUGGCUCCUGGUGCUUUAUAUUGAUCGACAUGAUAUACAUUAGCUAGUAAUAAAUUAUGUUUGUUAGCAGCA